GAAUCCAUCUCUCUCUCUCUCUCCCAAUCCCCCACCACCACCGCCAGCCACCAGCCACUGCCGCGGCGGGAAUCCGGUUCCCGCGGCGACAUCCCCCACGUCUCCGCCGCUGCACCGGCAAAGGCAGCUGCACCGCGACCCACCCGCGCGCUCCCAAUCGGCCCCAAGAUUAAGAUUAAACCAGGAGAGACCACCCGAUCGAGUGUUCUCUCACUUUCGCCAUGGAGGUACUCCGCUACAUCUUUUCCUGCUUCUCCUCCUCCUCCUCCAAAUCAUCCUCAGCAUCUGCGGGCUCCCACCGACUGUGGUCAAGCGGGGCUAGCGACAAGAACAAGGCAAUGGUUGAGCAGCUCCAGAGGUACGGGAUUAUCAAGUCGAGCAAGGUCGCGCAGGUGAUGGAGACCAUCGACAGGGGGCUGUUUGUGCCUCCUGGUGCUUCUCCCUAUUUCGACAGCCCGAUGCCCAUCGGUUACAACGCCACCAUUUCUGCGCCUCACAUGCACGCCUCUUGCUUGGAGCUCCUGGAGAAGCACCUUCAGCCUGGCAUGCGUGCUCUGGAUGUUGGAUCAGGCACAGGGUACCUAACAGCUUGCUUCGCGAUUAUGGUUGGACCAGAAGGGCGAGCAGUUGGUGUUGAACAUAUCCCAGAGUUGGUUACUUCGUCUAUUGAAAACAUCAAGAAAAGUGCAGCGGCUCCACAGUUAACUGAUGGAUCCCUCAGUAUACAUAUUACCGAUGGCAGAGAAGGUUGGCCAGAGCUCGCACCCUAUGAUGCCAUCCAUGUCGGAGCUGCUGCACCGCAGAUUCCACAGGCGUUGAUUGAGCAGCUAAAGCCCGGUGGCAGAAUGGUGAUCCCAGUUGGGACUAUGUUCCAGGAGCUGAAAGUGGUGGACAAGAACCAGGAUGGCAAGGUCAGCAUAAGAGAUGAGACGGCUGUGCGCUAUGUGCCCCUCACAAGCAAGGAUGCGCAGCUGCAGGCUAACUGAAUGCACUACCAUAAUAUUCUGCUGAAUGUAAAACCUUCAAUGCGUGAUCCCAGUUACAUCAAGAUGUUAUUAUUGUACAUAAAUUGGUCCUACCGUAUGUGUGAAUCGCUUGGUGCUUGUCAACAAUGUUGGAUGUUGGUUCGUCAUGAAGCAUGGAAGUAUGUGCUUGUGUUGAUCUCUUUUGCCUCUAA